AUGAAAACACAAAGAGCUAUCAAAGCAGCUUCAAGAGCGGCUGAAGCAAGAAAACAGCAACUUAAAAAUGAAGCUUUACAUCAGCAGCAAAUUGAAGCACCUAUCAAACAGAAAAGAAAGACGAGAAAUAAAGAAAAUUUAAGGUCAUUUUAUGUAUCAUCUCUACCAAAGCAUUCACAACUACCUGUAGAUUCACUAAAACCACAGAAAUCCAGUAAUGAAGUCAGUCCACCAGCUGUUGUACCGCAGGUUUUGCAAGAAGUUCCUAGCAAUUUAGUGGUCUCUCAAGCCUCUUCAACAGGAUCUUUGAUUUCUGAUGAAAAACCUGAAAACGAAAAAUCUGCUAAAAGAAAUUUAAAUGUUAAAUGUCAAAAUCAAAAGAAAGCAAACACAGAAAAAGUGAUAACGGACCUCAAUCAGGAGGAGGAUAAUUGUAGUUCAUCACCAAAGGAAUGUUGUUGUGACUAUGUUGUCUGCAGUUGUCAUAAUAGUCCUCCAGUCUCUUUCAGAAGACGUUGUCAGUCAGAAACAAGAUUGAGCAGUGAGGUCAGUCUUGAAUUGGGAAUACAUCAUCCACGCAAAACUAAGACAAGAAGUCGUUCUUGCUCUCCAAGAAGUGUUAGAGCUCUUAAUUAUCUUGAUGCUGGUAACCUCUUUGAGAGUAAUCAACGCAAUUUUGUGACUGUAACUCAUCAUUCCUCUCCUCCGAAGUCAAAGGAAGAUUUAGCAACAUUUAUUGAUUUAAAGAAAGAAAGGCUGCAGUACAAAGAGUAAUUACACUAAGGAAAUAAAAGAAAAAAAUUGAGGAAAGAGGUAAAAAAAGCCUUAAAGAGAGAACAUCUCAAAAAAGACUUUCAACAGCUACUCCAUGACUUGAAGAAUCUUACUCGCAGAAAGCAGAUUCUGAAGAGUAGA